CUCAAACACCAUUUUGUAUGGUGCAAUUCAUCCGUGACUAGAAUUGACCUCAAAAUGAAAAGGUCAAUUAAUGCUGGUAGUGUUCGUUUGGACGAAGAUCUCAUGAAGAAAGGAUGGGUUAUCUUUACGGGUGGAUUGGAUAUGGCGGGAAACCCACUGAUAACAUUCCCAGCGCUGGACCAGGCGUCAUCUUGGACAUCAGACACUCUUCUCCGACUCUUACUCUACAUGACAGACAUCGCAGAACUUAUAUUGAAAAGGAAAGCAAUGGGGUUCUUGGCCGAUUUUCAGCGGGGAUUCAGUGAAGAGAAGAUGGCAAUGCUAAUACAAGCACUGCAAUCCCUCGAGUCCGAAAAGAAAGGAACCGUUGCAAUUCUCUAUGUCUUAAAACCGAAGUCCAGAGGCAAAAGUCAUUCACUGAAAAAGUUACUUGGUAUCAAGCAAAAGAAAGAUCAAGUGACAUUCGCGAGCCAGUUCAAAUCCGUUUUGUUGAAGUCCAUCACUGCCUUGCAUACUCAGAUUGAACCAUCACAACUUACGAGAGAAUUUGGUGGAACCAUUGCAUACGACCAACAUUCCUGGAUGUACUUCUACAAGAAAAUCCUUCCGACAGUGGCUCUAUCUGAGGAGACCUUGGAGAGGUCGGUGGACAUUAAGGAUAAAACCUUACUGCUGAAAGAUUACGAAAUCGCUGGUCACUCAUCCAGAGAGCUAAGGAGGCAUAAAAAGGACAUUCAGCAGCGAUAUAAAGAACUUCAAGGGGAAAAUCAUAUCAAGACCUCCAUUCAAAAAUGCAAGCAGGCUUUACACCUGCUUGACGAACAUUCUGAGAAUGACCCCUUGGGGCACCUCCAUCACUUGCUUAUUAUGGAAGUGACCACCAAUGUGAGGACGAUGUAUCACCAGCUUUUGCAACUGCAGAAAGAGCUGGAACAAAUCUGGAAAGACCUGAAUGAUUUACUUGACAAAGAAAUUGCAAUCAAAACCAAGAGCGAAGAGGCAGAACUAAUGUGUAUGGAGAUAUCAGAGCGGUUCUGGCCUCUUUUGACUCAGCAUCCAACAGUUGCUUCCUGCUUGAGUCAAGCGGAGAUGUUCAGAACUCAUUUUACAACAACAUUAUACGACCCUGCUACUCAAAUGAUGUCCACAGCCACGCAGAUUCUUCAACAUCUUCGAAUUGUUAAAAAUGAGAGUACUGAUCAUGCGCCACAAGUGAAGGCUCUUGUCAGCAGACUGACCAAUACCGUUCGUCCAUUUACCCAUCAGCUAAACUCCAUCAACCAAAUCUAUACAUCCAUUCACGUUUUCUUCUUUAUUUUUGAAAAGUCUCUGACAUGGUACAAGAGGUCUCUGAGCUUUAUUCCCAAUUCCCUCUGUAAUCUUGCUGUGGAAACAAACCCCGAGGAAGUAUCAUUCCUUUCAGCGCCCCCUGACUGGAAGUACAGUGUGAGAAUGUUUCUGAAGAAGCACCCAGCUCCGCGCGAGGAUCACGUCGCUGGACUCGAUAAAAAUGCUCCGAGGGAGAUAGACAUUCCAUCCAAAACAAGAGGAAAAAAACUAGCAAAUAGACUUCGUAUCCUAAUUUCGAUCAUGCAAGACACCUACCUUGACGUGAACUGUAUCAAGGCUAUACAUGCCUGGAAGCAGGAUGAACUUACUGAUGAAAUCCCUGAAUUCAAUGAAACGGAUCAACUCGGUGAAGACGCCCAUUCUAAACUCCUUUCUCCCUUCAAAAGUCAGAGACCUUCCAGACUUAGACGUAGGAUGUGUAGAUCACGAAGCAGCCACCAGAAUCAGCAACUCAAAAGAUCAUUUAGAAUUGGAUGUGACGGAAAAGUGAGACACGUUGUGCACGAGUCAUCGGACAAUGACGGUCCUGGAUUCUCUUCUGAGAGCGGCAGCUUGGGUAAAGGAGAAGGCUUGGUGGAUUCCUGUCACGGUGAGAAAAACUGGAGACGACACAUCAAACAUCAGCCAUUAUCCAAAAGAAUUCGAAGUUUCAGAAGUACAUCUUCGAUCCAGUCUUCAGGGAACUGGUCAAUGAAGACAGAUAGCGCUGUUGACUUCAUCUAUAAAAUCACUUCCUCUAAGUCUUUGUCUAGCGAGAAAAAAUUGCAAUUUGUGUCUGAUAUCCUUCUUGUUAUGGAAGAUGACGACAACAAUUGUGAGGAAGAGAUUUACGAGGAUUACAACACAGUUAACGACACAUUAUUUGCCAACCGAUCACACAGACGAACACCAGCUGAAACAGUUUCUGAAAUGACUGGGCGUCUUUGUAAAUCUCUAGACAAUAUUCUAGGUUCAGAGAUUCUACCAGACCAGCGAAGUCUUUCUUCCAAUACAGGAACAAAAUCCUUAAGCAAUAUAAGGAAGACUGAUUCAGAAGUCCAGUUAUGGAAACAAAUCGAGAGUCGUUCCGCUUCGAUGAAAAGUGUCCACAUAGACGACAGAGGAUUUUCUUCGAAAUCAGACGAAUCCGCUGAUGACAUAGAUGACUCUGCACCCAUAGAAGUCCUUGCCAGAAACAAGCCAAUGCGGCAAAAUAUUCGAAGAAAAAGGCGAAAUACAACUGACAACUUUGAUAUGAGUGCGAUACAGAAAGAUCCGCUGUUUCGGAAUAAUAGUGAUAUGAUUUUAGCAACAAAUCCAGCAGACAUCGGAUCGACCAAAACAGGACUUACGGGAGGACUGGAAGUAAAGGACGAAAUCUCCUCCUCUCUGGACCUGAACCCAUUCCUGCCUGGUCAAUGUUCUGGUCAUAAUUUAAAGUCUGAUGCCACAAUAGACAGCUGUUUGUCCUCCAUUGACCCAAAACAUCACCAGAGUCAGUUUUACAUUGGGGAGUCGUCACCAAGAGGAAAUGGAGAAUAUGACGUGUAGAUUUUCUUUACAUUUUGCUUUAUGCGUUACAU